GCUGGACGAGGAAGAGAUCAAGGUGGCAGGUUCCAAACGUUUCAAAAUGUCUUGAGCAAAAGCAUUUUGAAGGAGGCCAUUGCUAUUAGGUUGGAAAUGAAUCUAAAUCAAAUAGCAUUUUGAAGAAAUGUCUCGAUCCAGUGUCCACCGACCAAGUCGCAAGGUGAUGAGGAGGAGAGGGGCAAGUGGAACGAGGGGGUUGGGUUUGCCAGUUGCGCAAUGAGUUGCAUUAGAGUAAUUUAAUGUAAUUCUUGUUUUGGAAUAGCUUCUUGUUACUGCUAGUAAGGCCCUUGCUCCUAGUAGCGAUGCACUUGUUCCUAGUAGUGAUGCAUUAGCAUUGUUUUCUUUAUUCAGGAGAAACGUUGCUGACGGCUUGCCAUUCGUUUGGGCGCAGACAUAGACAGUGUAAUAUUGUUUCGGGUAUGCUUAAAGAAUGUCGGCAUGUCGCCGUGCUGUAAGAUGCAAUCUUUGGACCUGGGGUUACGUAGUCCAAACCCUGCAAAUGCCUUGUGGGCACGUUUUUUACCACUCAUGCGAUUGAGUAAACGGAAGUCAACGUCAUUGUCAUUGUUUAAAGCCCGUGGCCCUGCCUCCUUAGCAUUCAGAUCUAGCGGUCAACUUCUGGAACUUGGCUCUUCACCUUCUGUUUCGCAGUCGCUCACUUUGCGUCUUCCAUGGUUGCUUUGAUUGAAAAACAUGAAGCAUGUCUGACUGUCUGAUGGCAACGAACAUUGAAUUGACAAUAGGUGCGACAGCCCUCCCCACGCAGAGAUUGCGUAAGGAUGAGAUAUUUUCAGCGAAAGAAGGCCUCAAAGAGCUUCCUCAAGGGGUCUCAACCAAAAGGCAUGGCCAACAUCGGCAACAAGUGCGCCGGCCACUGCGAAAGUCUAGAUAAUGGAAGUAACGCAGGGGCGGUGGGGGACAUUUCAUGGGUUUGCGGCCCUUUGCCGUUGCGGAAAUCAGGCUUCGAAGUUAGUGUAUUCCUACUGCCUAAUGUGAUGUUUCUUGAGGCAAGGAUGCUGAUGCCCUGUGUAUGACAUAUGACAUAUUGUGGACCAGCUGGUGGGCUGUCCUCCGCGCCCACCAGUGAAUAUAAAGAAACAAGCAGGGAACAGGAGGGAAGAAAAUAGAACAGCCAAAGACCUGAAACAGCCAAAAUUGGGGAUCUUUUUACGCCUAGGAACAAGGACGCUACUAGGGGCUCCUGGCAUCGCUACUAGUUUUUCUUUUUGAAUGCCAUUUUGCUGACGAGGGAACGCGCCUGCCUGCGAGGAUGGCCUUGGCAGUCUGUCGACGUGGAAUAUGUGGAAUUUGCGGGAGAGCAAAACGGAUCUUCGACACCCGCUUUUGCAAAGGCGGAAGUCUUCCGAUGCGUUGGUCUCUGCUCUUCCUGGAGCUUUCAACCCUUGCGUGUGCCAGGAGCUUUCAGAGCUCAUGCUGGCCGCGCUCCACUUGAGAUGGCGCUCUUCUUUGAAAGUCUCCUUGUCAUAUGGCUUGGCCCUGAUUCUGGACUACACCUAUGGCUUGGACAGUGUGCUUGUGUGCACCGUGGCCUACUUGUGCAGCUACGGCUCUCAAUACUCUGGGGGAUCUCUUCGUCGCGCAAUUCUGCGGGGAGUUGGUGUGUCAGCUGGUGCCACAGUGGGCAGUGUGUUGAGAACCUUGUGCGUUUUGUCUAGCAGCAUACCAUGGCAACUGGUCGCCACGCUUUUGAUCAUGUUGGCUUGGACUUUCCUGUCGACCUUGGUGAACUUCCGUGGCGGGCCAUAUGCGUACGCGGGCUUUUGCGCGGCUUUCACAGCCAUCAAGUUCCUCUCCUCCACGGGUCCAGGGGGUAUCCAGCUAUCUACAACCAUCACAUCCUCAAUGUGGGCAUGCCUUCUUGCAGUGGUUGUGGAAACGUGUGUGCUUCCCAUUGAUGCACGUGACCUGCUGCAAGGGCGAAUUGUCGCUGGCUUGGUGGGUGUGUGGGCUGUGUUGCCCGCACUCGUCACAGCAGAUGAAUCUGUGGUGAUGAGCGUGAAGGAGGAUUAUGGGCGUUGCAAGACGGGCGUGUCCAGCUGGCCAGAUCUUACCGAGCGGCUGAAGAAGGCCGGUGCCUAUGACAAGUAUCUCGAGUGGCGGGAAGGCUACAUGCGCUGGCGCAUGGGAGAAAGCAGUGGAGCAAAGGGUGAAAUUGCUGUUCUUGCAGCCAAGAGUGUACCCGCACCAAAAGCUUCCGCUUCUGGCGCUUCUGGUCCGGCACCUCGCGCCGAAGCCAAGCGCUGUAACUCAGAGAUGAACUCCUUUCAGCCCCGGGAUCCAGCACCUCACUUCGCCUCGAAGCAUUUGGAGGAGAAUACUCCAAAAGAAGGCAUCCAGCUGGCUGUCGCAAUGCCCGAAGCGGUCAUCGAAGCAAUACCUGAAGUGACAGCAGUCAUUGAAAAUGUGGCGUUGCCCAUGCAGAUGCAGAGCUUGAAAGUACUCCUUGAAGAGAGUGAGAUGGCUUCAACUUUGAGCUUGAAGCGUGUGUCGCUAGCAUCGAUCCAAGAAGUCUUGGAUGAGAUACAGGAAGUCUUGGCACCUACGGAAGAGCUGGCUUUGCAGGCAGCUGAAAGACUAGACGGCUUGAAAUUGGACGGCAACGCAUGGUGUUCCCUAGCAGAUCGCUUGCGCAUUAUGCGAUUGUGGUUGACAAUGCUGGGUCGCAUCACCAAACGCUUGGGCCACGGCUGCUCCUUGACCGAUCUCAUCGGCCGUGGCCGUGUGGGCGAGGCCUCCUCGGCUGCAGAGGAUCUACUCCUUGCAGUGGGCGAAACGCUGACAGCCACAGCUAGGUGCGUGGCUGGAGCAGUGCCUUUGCCACGUGAAUGCACAAAACUGGAGGCACGGCUGCGCACCUCGCGGCAGGGGUUAUUGGCUGCCUUAAGCUGUCGCGUUUCUCAGGGCCGCGGGGAGUUGGCGGCAGAAGUCUUGUCUCUCAGCGCUGGUCACGCUUUGAUGGCGUUGCUGGGAGAUGCUGGGCGUUGCCUGGCCCUCUCUGUGCGCAUCGUCUCUUCUGCGUCACACUCUCCAGACGGGACUGGCAUCUCUGACUCUCCAAAACGUAAAGAGUUGGAGCGGAAUGUCAGCGCUAUGUCUCAAGCGUUUCCUGCACUACCAGACCUCACUGAACGUCUUAAGCAACAGGGCCAAUACGAGAAGUACAUCAAAUGGAGAGAAGGCUACAUGCAAUGGCGAUCUGGAGGAAUUUCUGGAUCCAAAGGUGAAAUUGUCGAGAACUCCACGACCUGACUCAGUUGGACAGCGAUGCAAAAAGAUGGAAAUCUCCGCUCCUAGUAGCGAAC